UUCUUGACUUAAAAGGAAAACAAAUAACGUGAGUUUAAACAUGAUUCAAGAAACUGAUCAAAAUGCAGCAAGAAAACUAAGAGAAAGUUACGGUUGCAGUAAAACUAGCAUCCUUCCAUGGCGUCUAGGUUCUUUAUUGCUGCUUGGACUCAACCCAGAAGACAAAGCUAUCUUAUUUACGUCAGGAGUGUUCAGAAAGGACUACAGUUCACACAGACAUUUUAUCAAACAGUUUGUGGGCACCAUGAGUUGGCCCUCUUCUGUAACAAUUUUCGCCCAGUUUAUGCUCGGUUUUUUGCCACAACUCCUGACGAAGUUGUCCAAAGAAGACUCCGAGUCCCAUUUCCACCGCUGAUAUUUGCGUUAAUGGGAGGGUGUCGAAGCCGAAUAGUUCAAGGACCAAAUCCGACAAAUAAGUCCACUACGUGUAACGUGUCUAAUACCUUCCCUUAAAAAAUUCAGACUACAUGCAUGCCGCCACGUACCCCUCCCUCCGGCACGUACCCACCAACUCUAUACCUUAUUCUCUGAGGCGGCCAAUCUCUAUGGUAGCAGAAAUUGAUUCAGUUUUUCUCCCUGAGACGAAAAAUGGUAAAGCUAGCGACGGCGCGUGAGAGUAGAAUGUACGGGCCGCGGCUGAGCCGGAACAGAGCGGAGUAUAUGAACACCGGAAUUUACGUGUUUUCGACGAUCGUGUUGCUAUGUGGGUUCGUGGCGUUGCUGUCGUGGCAGCAAAAACCAGGGGCGGUGCUGCUGCUGAUAGGAUUGGCGUUGAUAAUAGUGGUGAACAUACACGAUUUGAUCGCACAUCUGGCCGGUAUCGAUUACCGGAUCGGGCUGAUGGAGCUGGAUAUUCAACUUCCAUUGGUGGAGGUCGCCGUGCCGGUGGUUCAGGCCAUCGGAGGGAUUCUCUUCUUUUUGGGAAUUAUUUUUCUUCUCGUCCAGGGGGAUAGAGGAUACAUGCAUAACAUGAGGCUCGAAGAACACGCGUUGAACAUGCUUCUCGCUGGUGCCGUGUUAUGGGUGCUUGGUUCGAUCCUGAAUUCAUGCCAAAUCUACGAGAGAGCCGAUGGGCAUGUUCAAAUCUUGCAACAAAGUGUCCACAUCCCGUUCUUGGCCGCAAGCUUCUUGUUCUUGGUGGGUGCCAUUUUUAACACUCGCCAGCAAGCCGGUAAUUACUCGGGCCAUCUUCGAGGUCGGCAUGGUCUGUCUUUAUUGACAAGUACCUGGGUUUGGAUGGGUACGUUCGCGAGUCUGUUGUUACUAAUAGGGGGAUUAGCGAAUGUAGUUAAGGUGUUCAACAUGCUCCAGAUGGAUAGGCUAAGGUUGGAGAAACUACGAGGUGGGGCACAAGAGCGACUCGUCCGAGUACGUGAAGGGCAGACCCCGUUUCUUACUGAAGAACGAAGAAAGUGGCCGAGGAACGUACAAGGCACCACCGCACCACCACCGCCACCACCACCGCCAGAUGUAACUCCAUACAAGGACGUUCUUGUUGGUAAAUCCUGAACGUUGAUCGUCUUUGAUUCUCUAAUGGUACGCCGUUGUCGGUUUCCUUACUGAUACGCAAGCUUAUGUUGCAUGUCUCCUGCUGUUUUUAUGUACGUAGAGUAUAUUGCUUCCAUGUCGUCUUACUUGAUAUGCAAAGCUUCCUCUCGAUGUGUUUUAGAACA